AUGGGCCUCAUAAAGGUUCUCCUCAAAGUGAUCCUCGUCCCCAUCGUCGUCAUCGCAGUCAUAAUCGCUGCCAUUGUGAUCUGUAUAAAGAUACACAGAGACCGAAAGAAGGAAGCGAAACAGGCUCGGCAGAGAGCUGCCGAAUUACCUCCUCUCUCACAAUGGGUCUACCCUGAUCCUCUUCAAGUUCAGAGCCCGGUCCAGAAACCCGCUCCGGUUGCGUAUCCCAUAUAUACUACACCGAGUCAUAUGGAAGCUGGUAUUGUUAGACAGCAAUAG